AUAGCUUCAAAUUUGGUGAAAGAAAAUGGAAAAACUAUGGCUGACGCUGAAGGAGAUGUUCUCCGCGGUCUUCAGAUCGUUGAUGCCUGUGCGGCCAUUCCGACUCUUCAGAUGGGUGAAUCUACUCCAAACGUUGCUACGGAUAUGGACAUAAUUUCCUACAGGAUCCCUCUGGGUGUAACUGCAUCAAUCGCUCCAUUCAACUUUCCAGCUAUGAUUCCACUCUGGUCUUUUCCUGUAUCUGUUGCCUGUGGGAAUGCUACCAUUUUGAAGCCUUCUGAAAGAGUUCCGGGGGCCUCUAUGAUUCUGGCUGACUUAUUUACCAAAGCUGGAGCGCCUCCAGGUCUUUUAAAUGUUAUCCAUGGACAGCAUGAAGCUGUAAACUUCAUUUGUGAACAUCCAGACAUCAAGGCCGUAUCUUUUGUUGGGUCUGAUCCCGCUGGGAAGCAUAUUUAUAAAAAGGCAUCAGCCCAUGGAAAGCGUGUUCAAUGUAACAUGGCAGCUAAAAAUCACUGUAUAGUAAUGUCCGAUGCGAAUAAGAACAAGACAAUCUCUCAGAUUGUUGGAGCAGCAUUUGGAGCUGCAGGUCAACGCUGUAUGGCUCUCUCAGUUGCAAUUUUCGUGGGGAAAUCGAAGGAAUGGAUUCCUGAGAUGGUCGAAGCAGCUAGAAUGCUCAAGGUCGACGCUGGGCACGUUCCACAUGCCGAUUUGGGUCCAGUGAUUUCUCCGGAAUCCAAACAGAGAAUUCUGGACCUUGUCGAGUCUGGAAUUAAGGAUGGUGCUAAAAUUGAUCUGGAUGGACGUGGACUUGUUGUACCAGGCUAUGAAAAUGGAAAUUUUGUUGGACCUACUGUUUUAUCUGGAAUUCAGACUGACAUGAAAUGUUACACGGAGGAGAUAUUUGGCCCUGUUCUCCUGUGUAUGUUUGCUACUACCUUGGACGAGGCUAUCACCCUUAUAAAUAUGAAUCCCUAUGGGAACGGGAGCGCCAUAUUCACAACAAAUGGUGCAACAGCAAGGAGUUACGUUCAUAGGAUCGAAGCAGGCCAAGUAGGCAUUAACGUGCCCAUUCCAGUUCCCCUGCCUAUGUUCAGCUUCACAGGGAAUAAGGGAUCUUUCUUAGGAGAUAAUCAUUUCUACGGAAAAUAUAAAACAUGCUAAACCCUCUACCAUGAAAAGCGUAAGAAAGCGUAGUAUGCCGUCCGAAUGAGGAACUGUGAGGCGUCCUACAGGACGCAGAAUAGGAAUAUAAAAUUCACUUUGGACAGAGUCUAUUUCCGCCGCGGAGUUGGAUAAGAAACAUCAUGGUAGGACCGACUACUCUCGGAGAUAUCACAGAGGCACCUUCCUCAUAUAAAAGAUAUUCAUAAAACUGUAUCGAAGUUUGUCAACUCUUAUCACCUUCAACUCAAGUCCUCGGUAGUAAUACGUUCAUGGUUAAUGCAAAAGAAUGGAACUUUUGUCCCCUCCACAAACCAAUAUAAUGUUCAUGAAUUCAAUGAGACCUUGUGAAACAUGUGGGGUAUUCCAAGUGAUAUAAAUGAGGAAAAACCCGUCACCUAAUUCUACAUGCUCGAGAUUUCUUUCUCGAAAUAUAUUCAUCUUAAGAUGACCACUGAUUUUUUUUGGAUUUU